ACCUGAACCUGUGUGUAAGAAGGGGUGUGAGCUUUCUCUCGUAUCUUUAUUACAUAUUUCGAAGGGUUAUCUUUAAAUCUAGGUUGUCAAUAUAAAAUUUCAUAACUUGUACACAUUCUUACAACGUAUUAUUCGAAACCCUUUAUAUCUACAGUGACUGUCAGCCUAUAAAACAAAAGAGCAUCGUAACUGCUAUUUAAGGAUAUUUAAAUAUCUUAUUUAAUACCCUUUAUAGUAUUAUCUAUUGAGCAAAUAGAAUUAAGAUACCAGCGAAUCUUAUAGUUUAAUAUUUUAUAGUCCCUCUCGAGGAUUCACUCAGAAAUUGGAUUGUUUAUCUCGGCUCGAACUCCUGUAACCAAUUGACAAAGUGUUCGUAAAAGAAUAGUUUUGUCUGUGCAGUGUAGAAACGAAACAUGGCAAAUUCUUCAUCGGAUAACAACGCCAACGAUACGAGUGUCCCUUCCAUGCUGCUGGACUGGCUCAUGAGUUAUGUAGCAUUGCAGGCUAAUUGCCAAUCCGAGGCAAAAUCUGGAAAGGGGACUGGUUACUUGAAGAGGGCCAAGACUGAGAACCUGAGGGAGAUCUUCAACAAGUAUGCUUCAGUUGAGAAGAAUGGAGAGAAGUUUAUGACUGCCAAAGAUUUCGUGCGAGAGUACCUAGGUCUCUACUCUGAACCCAACUACAAUAUCAGUUCCAUUAGUCUUCUGGGCGGUAUCCUUGACACCAGCAAAGAUGGCCUUAUUUCCUUUGCAGAGUUCCAUGCAUUUGAAGGCCUUCUCUGUGUCCCUGAUGCUCUCUAUAAAACUGCCUUCCAGCUCUUUGAUACCAAGGGCACAGGCAUGGUUACAUUCGAGGAGUUUGUUGAGGUGAUAAAACAAACGACACUUCAUCAGAAGGUGCCAUUUAACUUUGAAAGUGACUUUAUCAAAUUCUACUUUGGUAAAGAAAGAAAACGUGCUGUUAACUAUGUAGAAUUCAGUCAGUUUCUGCAUGAUUUUCAUGAAGAGCAUGCAGUUCAAGCUUUCAAGAUGUUUGAUCAGGAUGGUUCAGGCUUCAUUACUGCCAUGGAUUUCAAUGAUAUUAUGCUCAACAUCAAAUCCCACCUUCUUACGAUACCAGUGCAGAACAAUCUCGUAGCAGCAGCAUCAAGUCAUAAAGUAAGCUUCCCCUUCUUUAUUGCUUUUAAUUCGCUUCUAACCAACAUGGAGUUAUGCAAACGUAUCUAUCUUAACUCCUCUGGAGGUUCUCGCACACAAGAAGUAACCAAAGAGGAGUUUUUACAUUCAGCUCAGAUGAUGUCUCAAAUUACACCUCUAGAAGUAGAGAUUCUCUUCCACUUAACUGAACUUAUCAGCGAAAGCUCUGGGAAAAUAGUGUACAGUGACCUGGAGGCCUUAACACCAGAGCAGUAUAUGAAAGUGAUCACACGCAAACUAACUGAUAUCAAAGCCGUCCAUAGUCCUGAGCAGCGAUCUGUGUUUAUCCAGAUAUUAGAGCAGGCUUAUAGGUUCACUCUUGGCUCAUUUGCUGGUGCUGUUGGUGCUACUGCUGUUUACCCCAUUGAUCUUGUAAAGACAAGAAUGCAGAAUCAACGCUCUGGCUCUUAUAUUGGUGAACUUAUGUAUCGCAACUCUUUUGACUGCUUCAAGAAGGUAAUUAGACAUGAAGGGUUUCUUGGUCUCUACCGUGGCAUAAUUCCCCAAUUAAUUGGCGUGGCACCAGAGAAAGCCAUAAAGCUUACAAUGAAUGACUUGGUCCGUGAUAAGUUAACUGACAAGAAAGGCAACAUUCCAUUAGCUGGAGAAAUGUUAGCUGGAGGAUGUGCUGGUGCUUCUCAGGUUGUAUUCACUAAUCCGCUAGAGAUUGUAAAAAUUCGAUUACAAGUGGCUGGUGAGAUUGCGUCAGCUGGUAAGAAGAUAUCUGCAGUAAAUGAUAAGGAACUUGGAUUUCUUGGAUUAUACAAGGGUGCUCGUGCAUGCUUCUUAAGAGACAUCCCAUUUUCAGCCAUCUAUUUCCCAGUUUAUGCCCAUUCAAAACGAUUGCUGGCUGAUGAAAAUGGUUAUAAUUCACCAGCUACCCUCUUGCUUGCUGGUGCAAUUGGUGGUGUACCAGCAGCAUCAUUGACUACCCCGGCUGAUGUAAUCAAAACUAGACUUCAGGUUGCUGCCCGAGCUGGACAAACUACUUAUAAUGGUGUAUUUGAUGCUGCACGGAAAAUCUGGAGAGAAGAGGGAGGAAAAGCAUUCUGGAAAGGAGCACCUGCUCGUGUAUUCAGAUCAUCUCCUCAGUUUGGUGUCACAUUAUUGACCUACGAAAUCCUUCAAAGACUCUUCUAUGUUGAUUUUGGUGGCAUUCGGCCAACUGGCUCUGAAGCUCAACUUCCUGCCACUGCCUCAGAUUUGCGUUCCACCAAUCCAGAUCAUGUUGGUGGUUAUAAGGUUGCAGUACCAAUAUUCAAAGGCAUCGAAUCAAAGUUUGGGCUUUUCCUUCCUCGAUAUGUGUGAGCUCAUGACAGACAGUUCUUGUUACAGACUGUAAUUUGUAUUAUACCGAAGUUAUUUAUUUUUUAAUGUUUGGCAUUUUAAAUGUUUCUUAUAUGGAUGGUUAAACCAUCUUACAGCAAAUUAAACAAAAUGGAACUAUUGAAAUGUAUAUGAAACAUGCAGACAUAAUAAAACAGUGAUAAUUUUGUAUAUACUUGCUCUGAUUUGAGUAUCAUGUAUAUUGUUAAAAUUCUUUCUCUUCUGUAAGCUAACAGCAUCAGUCCAUUUUCUACAUACUCUUAGGCUGAAUAAGAUUCUAUUGUUAUUACUUAUAAUUUCUUGUUUGGUUAGGCUGUAGUUAUUGUACAUAGAACAUUUUACAGCCGACUGAUAAUAAAAGCCCGUGAUGCUAAACAAUUUUUUUACCAUAUUGUGAGUUGUGAUCGUAGUUACUGGUAGUCUUACCGAGCAAUGCUCAGCAUCUCGUAAGAUAUAGUUACAGGGAACGCCUGGUAAAAGUUACUUUAGUUUAUGCAGCAUUUUCUUUCAGAUCCAGUGAAUUCUACAGUAUACUCUAUUUGAGCAUGAUUGGUAGCGUAUUUUAAAAUUUAAGAAGUGUAUAAAUAUACUGCUCAGGAAGCAGCAUUCAAUUACAUUAUGAAAUUUGGGUCUAUGUUUCUAGGAUCUUUUGACUCACCAAGCUGGCAUUUGGUUUUGCAUCCUACACAGAAGCACAGAUUAUUUAAAAUUAUAUUUUAAAUGAAUUCUUGAAAUAGUAACACAUGUACAAAUAGUUAUGUACAUAUUAUAGGACAUUGUAUGUAUGACAUAUUUUGUUAUCAUCAUGCACAAAUGUAUAACAUAAGGUGAUGUGCUGCAGGUUUUAUUUAUUCGUAUAAAGGGGAAUUUCAGCACCUUCCAUCAAAUUUAGUCAUAUUCUUAUUCAUGCAGUUGUAAAAAGAGCAUUUUGUGCUAAAAAAGAUAAAAAUUGUUGCUGUUA